UAAAAAACGCUAUCACGGUCAAAUGUGUUCCAGCAGUUUCUGCUCGAGGCGCACGCCAGUCUCGCAGCGCGCGCGCGCCAGUCGCCGCGGCAUCCCGCUGCGGCGGCGCCCACCCACGAUCGGCCCCAUCCCGGCAGGCCCGCGGCAGCCCCCCGGCUGGCAUCGUCGCAGCACCCGGCGUGCCGAAGCACAGGCAGCUCCUCGAGAGGCGCCCACGGGGCAGAGCCCCCGCCCCGGCCCGCGCGCCGCAGAUGCACGGCGCCCCGAGGCAGCGGCGGCGGCGCGGCGGGCCCGACGGCGAGCCAGCGCCCGACCUGCCGCCGUGCGAUGCUCGCGCGGGCCGAGGCGAGCGAGCUCUGCCACCGCCGCCUCGGGAGCAGAGGCCUGUCGCGCGGCGCCGCCGACGGCUCCCCGAGGGGCCUGUCUGCGAGUCGGCGGCCCGCUCGCCGCCCAGCGUCGAGGAGGUUCGUGAGGGCCGCGCCGAGGACAGGUCGCGCGGCAGCUUUCGAGGAUAUGAUUCCGCACUCGAAGACGAUUUCAACGACGACGUCGCUGCCCCCGACUACCAGGAAGAGGCUCAGGCUGAGGAAGAUCACGACAUGGAGCUCGACACAGGCAACACCCACACUGACGAGCUGAGCUCCAUGAUGGAGCGGAUCUCGCUGUCGCCAUUGGAGGUGGAGACUUGCUUUUCGAAGGGAGAGAAGCCCAUCAUGGGAGGUUUUCAGAAUUUCUAUCAGAGCUUCAGUUCUGAAGAGUGGAGCUAUAGAGCCGAGAAUGUAGCAACUUUGAUCAUGAAAUCGCUCGCUGGGUUCGCUGGGAUCCCGGUUGCGCAGCAGUUCCUAGGCGCCUUUACAUCCGCCGUGACGGCGGAAGUCAUCACUUUCUCUUCUAAACGACAGAACGACAAGCGCGUGAAAGAGCAAGGAUAUUUUGAUAAAAGCAGCGGCCUGUUCGCCAUGUGCAGGAUGCAGUACUUGCGUGAGGACACUCAGAAGAAGCGCGCCUUCUGCAGCGGCACAACGAAUUCCCAGUGCCUGCACGUCGAAAUGAAAUGUGGAAUAGCAGAAAACGAUUUGGCCAAGGAGAUAUGCCAGGAGAUCGUAAACAAGAGAAUGGACGUGACUGACCUGGCGGUGUUCCAGGCAUGGACAUUGAGGGACACCGAGACAGCAGAUCAGAACAACAAGAGCUAUUAUUGGCGGCCGCGAAAGUGGAAUAUGCCAUUGAAGAGUUCCCAGGCGCAAGAUGUAAUUGUUCGACUGGAAAGUUGGCCGUCGCCCAAAAUACUGAGAUCUUUGUUUUCGAAUAGAUGCAGUCCCCGCCGAUGUGGAGUCUUUGUGAUCCAACCAUCAUGCGAUCUCACGCAGGAUGGCUUUGAACAACGAUUUCGGAAUCUUUUGCCUGGCGUGCCGACUGACCUGCUCGGAGUUCCUGGCGGCGUUCGCUGGGCAGAGCUGCCUUCUCUCACAGAUCUCAGGAAUGUUCUGCUUGACCACAAGCCGAGGAUUGUAUUCGUUCAUGUUCCGGAUGCAUCAAGAGUCCAGUCCGUCUGGAAAAUGGGAGUUCGACAUGCGUGCGAGAUCGUCAUGAAGGAGAUGCGCUUAGUAGAGCGCGAGAAUUGGCUGGGAUGCUGUACGAACGGCGAGGAUAUCGACGAGAGCAGCGCUGGGGACAUGAUAACCAGCGCAGAGAAUUUCUCUUUCAUUGCUUGCAAGUUGGUGCCGCACGGGGAUGAGCACACUCAUUUCGCUGAGGAGUUUCUGAGAAGGUUUAUAAAUGCCGCGAACUUCUUCCUUAGCCCUGACCGUGGCCAUCUACAAGCGAACGACCACGCCGGCAGAUUCCGUGAGAUUUUCAAGGAUCUGCAAGGAUGGCCCGACAUCCGAGACCGAGAGUUAUUUCUUUGUCCUCCUUUCCAGAAGUCGAGACCAGGGCUGCAAGUGGUACAACAAAAGCCACGUUAUCUCAUUUAUUAUUGAACUUGACUUCCCGGGCAUACAGGAGCCAGAGGCGCUGGCCGCCGCCAGGCUCCGCUUGGAGGCGAAACUGAAAACUCGUCUGCCUCUGGGAAGCGCAUCGGUCAUACAGGGCUGCCAUAUCAAGUUCACAAAGCCCGGGGUCCCCCCGAGGAAGUCCUGUCCGCGCCACGUACUCGAGAAGAUCGAGGACACGGUCAGAUCGUGGCUGGACCUCGACCUGCAGCAGAGCUUCGUGUGCAUGAGGGGCUGGGGCUCGCUGCUCAUGGCAAUGUCGUCGUCGGCCGUGAAGAACCUCCAGGACAAACUGGCAGCAGGGGCGGCCCUGAGGCUCCAGCUGCCGACGGAGGCGGGAGCGCUCGAGGAGGCCACAGUCAGCCACGUGCUGCCGGGGCCGCAGUGGUUCCUGCACGUCUCGCUCCCGACCACCCAGGAGAGGCGGCUGCUCGCCCUCGUCUUCGCGGAGCUGCUGGCCGCUGGAUUGCGGCUGGCACCAGCUGCGACUCGAGACGGCCCCGGCGUGCAGCGUCCAGUUCUCGACCCAGAGGAGGGCGUGCCAGUGCACGGGCAGCCUCUGGAGUUCGGCGGCGACCUGCACUUCCUCCCUCGCGCUCUCGAGGACAGGUCGCGGGGCUGCUUCCGCGGCUUCGCUUCCGUGCUCCACGACGAGGGGCUGGAGGGCGACAUCGUGGUCUCUCCCGAGCAGGGGCCGCUGCAGCCGCCGCCCCCGCAGACCUCGCAGCUGCCCGUGCCGCCGCCCAGCCAGGGUGACGUGCCCGACCUCCUGGAGCGGUCGCGCAGCAGGGAGCAGCGGCCGGCCCCCGCCGCGGGCGGCCCGGCGCGCCGCGUCCAAACGCUCAGGAUUGCAGAUCAUCUGGGCGGGGCGGCGGCCGCGGCCGCCGCGGCGCGCCCCGAGCCGCAGCGGGCGCCCGGGCCUCUCGGGCCGGCGCUCCUCGAGGUGCGGCUCCCCCAGGCCGAGGUCGCGGCGCUGCGGGGGGAGCACCAGCGAGCCCACGCGGAGAGGCUGGAGAGGUGGGGCGAGCUGAACCGCAGCCACCCCAUCCCAGAGUACCUGCGGCCCUUCGUGACCCCCGUGCUCAAGAGCGCCGAGGAGGACGUACAGCAGGUGGACCGGUUCGUGAACGUCGGCGUUCUCGGGAGUGCUGGGACUGGCAGAACGUCCUUGAUCGAGCGCCUUCUGGAGGCUGGAGCCUCUCCGGACCUUGAGUCGUUUCAGCGAGUGAAAGGCGGAACUUGUGCUUCUGGAGCUCCAAAACGAUACCAGAUUCACCACAGUGCUACUACUCAUUCGAUCUGGGAUCUACCGAACGCGUCCCCCACCCAGAGGUACUUACGCGACAUGGGUCUAUUGCAUUUCGACAUCAUCCUCGUGACCACAAAUGGCCAUAUGACCGACGACGAUGAGAACCUCUUCCAGGUCAUCAAGCUCGCACAGAUCCGGACAUGGCUGAUCCGCACGAUGAUCGACGUAGACGUGGAAACCGGCCAAAACGUAUAUGACCCUUCCAUGCCGGAGACGCUCAUGAUCGUAAGGGAGACACUCGUGAAGCAGCUGAAUGAGCCAGACCCCAUGAAGAUCCACCUAGUGACUACCCAGAAGCAGCACUGGGAAUCGGGCUGGUUCACCCGCGGGUUCGGCGACGUUCGCGGGUUGUAUAAGCAGCUGAGCGUUCACAUGGCCGAUUGCGGCUGCAUCUCAUGGGACCCAUGGGUUGCAAUAUUCGGUCUUGAGGCCCAACGACAUCAGUACGAGGACCAUCGCGGACGGAGGCUCAGCGUCGCCACCUACAAGGAUGCGAUUAGGGCGCUCGCCAAGGGUGGGCACGUGGAGAGAGCUCUCUGGAUGUUCGUGUACAUGGACAGCCAGGGCAUCACGCCCGAUGCGGGGACCUACGGCGCGCUGAUCUCAGCGCUGGCAAUGGACCGCACGGCGGGCGUUGUUCUAAAGCGCUUCGCCAGGAUGCGGGACGGCGAGAAGUGUCAGCUCCUGGAGAAGACCCUCAACGACUUCGAGUCCAUGGUUGAGAGAGGGUCCGCCCCCGAGCCUGGCACCGUUGCCCUGGUCGUCAGCAUGUGCAGGCAGGAGGAGCGGCCCGCCGACGCCCUCCGCGUGCUCGAGGCCGCCAUCCGAGGCGGCCUGCUGCUCGACACCGGCCUGCGCGCGACGGUGGCGGGCAUCCUCGGGGAAGAUCGGCCGUCGGCCGAGCACUCGUUGGCGGAGGCGUGUGAUGAUUCGAAUAUCUCGCACUCUUCAGCCGGCCACCGCGCGGCGAUGGCUGGUCCGUAGGAUUGGUCAAGGGCCCUAGCCAGGGCCAAACGGCAGGCUGCCCCACGGGUCCGCACCCCAAGGCUCGAAGGGCGGCAUGCCACGAGUGGCGCCGAGUGCUGCUGCAGGCAGCUCAUGCCGUGCGGGUGUUCCGAUAUCAGCAGCCGUUGCUGAUCCUCUGGAUGUGGGAUGUGGCGACAAAACAUGUUGCUGCGCCCAGUGAGCGCAACUGUUGCGCAGGCCAUCUGCCGCAAACGAAUUCGCUAUCGCCAGCAGGUUGCAUAACGGUGUGGCAGUCUUUCGUCGCCAGAGAUGUCUGUGCCUUCUACCUCUUACUGCUCAUGAUGAUCGCUUCACUUCCCUGCAUUGCAUUGCACGAGUCAGUCGCGCAACCUAUAAGAGUAGCCGCCCAGGCCAUCGCGCUGCCUUUGCUUUUUACAGCCUCGUCGCUCGCAAGUGCGCGAGGGUCGAGCACUCGGCAACCCUGCCUCGAUCCUCGCAGUGCUCUGCCAUGAAUUCGUGCUCUUCUCACGCUCCUUCCUGCCUGCCUCACGCCCUGCUCCUGCACGACGCUCGGCCGCCGGCGCCGUGCUCUGCCCAACCUUCGCACAGCACCGUCGCCCGCCGCCCUGCCUUCAGGGCAGGCGGCCCGGUGCUCGCAUCUUUGCUCGUAGAUCCACGCGGGCCGCAAACGCGAUGGAAAGGAGCUCCGCCGCUCUGAAGGAAAAACAUGUGGGAAAAGCUCGUCGGCUAGCACAAGGCCACUCCCGAAUGCCUUCCAGGGCUUACGGGUGAGCGACGUCAAAGUUUUGCUGCGAUUGCGCGGGCAUUCGUGCGCAAGUUGUCGGCGUAAGGUCGCGC